UUUCUUCCUCACGCGUAUUUUUCCGGUCAUCAUGGCGGCUAUGGAUGUCGAUACACCGAGCGGCGCUAACAGCGGCUUAAGCAAAAAGCGUUUUGAAGUAAAGAAGUGGAAUGCUGUGGCACUGUGGGCCUGGGAUAUCGUGGUGGACAACUGCGCUAUAUGUCGGAAUCACAUCAUGGAUCUAUGUAUAGAAUGCCAGGCAAACCAGGCCUCUGCCACCUCUGAGGAGUGCACUGUGGCCUGGGGUGUGUGUAAUCAUGCUUUUCACUUCCAUUGCAUUUCUCGCUGGCUGAAAACCAGACAAGUGUGUCCUCUCGACAACAGGGAGUGGGAGUUUCAGAAAUAUGGACACUAGCUGGAAAGUUGGCUCCUCCCCUCCCUUCAAUUGUGUUAUUCAUUUAUUCCUUCUUGCUGUAUCCCCAAGAUAUUUACAACAUUGUAUUUGAUUUGGUAUGCUGGAAGUACACAUUAAAUGUUCAUAACCAAAC